AUGGGUUGGUGGGUUCUCCUGAAGAGCUGUAGGCUAAUUCGUGAUGUAACAGGAAGUAGACUAAUGCGAAUGCCUCCCACAAUCUGACAGCGGCUCCAGUCCGACACUUUAUUCAUUGAGUGUUGAUACCCUUUAGGUUUGGUUCACUACCAUUGCUGCGGAGGUUGCAUUUGUGGGGAAAAAAAGCUGUCGCUGGAGUGUUUGGUCGGUUAAUGUGACUUUCUAAAUCGCGGUAGCAUUGGAUUGUGAACUAAUCGCAUCAGUCAUUUAGCACCAGGGAUACCUCCUUGAGACGUCCUCCUUCUCAACGAAUGUCCGGAAUGCCUUCACUGGCCUUGUCUUAGUUAGCCUUCUAUGCCCAAGGCAAACAAUGAUCCAGCAUGAUGAGGCCCGUCCGUUCUGUCCUGCUAAAAUGGAUGCCGCCUGAGAUGUGAGGCCAGGAACGUCCAUGAUCAUAUGAUCGAUAGUCAUUAAAGAGGGAGAAAUAACCAGAAGAGUGGAUCGUUUGAUAUGCCAAAAAAGAAGAUGGAUUGUUUUGGGUACUGUUGGAUGGUCAUCUGUCUCCUACUGGGCACUGCUACUGAGAUCUUAGUUGCGGCUAGCCCAGAGGUGAACAGUACCCAGCAGCACCUACAGCUGAAUGUCUACCACGAUAUAGGACUCACCAGGAACAAGAUUGUGACAGCCCAGUUCGAGUGCUACCAGAAAAUCAUGAAGGAUAACGACCACAACAAAAUAGGGCCAGUGUGUAACCGGACCUGGGAUGGAUGGCUGUGCUGGGACGACACAGAGGCAGGCUUCACUUCAGAGCAGCACUGCCCUGACUACUUCCAGGACUUUGACCCCUCAGAAAUGGUGACAAAAAUCUGCAGUGAGAACGGACACUGGUUUCUGCAUCCCGACAGCAACCGAACGUGGACUAACUACACGCGAUGCAACGAGCACACCAAAGAAGGCAGGAUGACUGCCAUGAAUUUAUUCUACUUGGCUCUCAUUGGCCACGGCUUGUCACUGAUAUCCCUAUUCAUUUCCCUGGGAAUAUUUUUCAAUUUCAAGAGUUUAAGUUGCCAGAGGGUCACUCUCCACAAAAACCUCUUCUUCUCCUUUGUUUUGAACUCGGUCAUCACCAUCAUCUGGUUGACCGCUGUGGCGAAUAACCAGGAACUGGUACAAAGAAACCCUACAAGCUGUAAAGUGUCCGUGUUCAUCCAUCUUUAUCUGUUUGGCUGCAACUACUUCUGGAUGCUAUGUGAAGGGAUAUACCUGCACACCCUCAUCGUUGUUGCCGUGUUCGCUGAGAAACAGCACUUGAUGUGGUAUUAUCUCCUCGGCUGGGGCUUUCCUCUAAUUCCAGCAUCUAUACAUGCGAUCGCUCGCAGUUACUACUACAAUGACAAUUGUUGGAUAAGCUCCAACACUUCACUCCUCUACAUAAUCCAUGGGCCUAUCUGCGCUGCUCUGUUGGUGAACCUGUUCUUCCUGUUGAACAUUGUGCGUGUCCUGAUCACCAAGUUGAAGGUGACCAACCAGGCUGAGUCCAGCCUCUACAUGAAGGCCGUGCGCGCCACCCUGAUUCUGGUACCUCUCCUGGGCAUCCAGUACGUCCUGUUGCCCUACAAACCAGAGGAACGAGUCUCCUCUGAGAUCUACGACUACAUCAUGCACAUCUUAAUGCAUUAUCAGGGGCUGCUGGUGGCCACCAUCUUCUGCUUCUUCAACGGAGAGGUGCAAGGUGUUCUGAGGAGACAUUGGAAACAGUACCGUAUGCAGUUCGGGAGCACCUUGACCCACUCGGAUGCCAUGCGGUCCGCCUCAUACACAGCCUCGUCCAUCACCGAUGUCCAGGGCUGCUACAGCAUCGACAGCAACACAGAACACUUGAAUGGCAAAGGGGGCUGCCUUGACAUCGAGACCUCCAUCUUAAAAUCGGAGAACCCGUUUGCCUGAAGAAAGGCUAACUCUGCUGUGUAUUUGGGAAUGGAGGGGAG